AUGAGGGCGACCUCGGCACUUGCGAAGCCGACGCGCGCUUCAGUCCAGUUCCGGUUCCAGUUCCAGUCCUCGUUCCAGUUCCAGUGCCGCCACGCGUCGCCGGUGUGCACGCCGUCCAGCCUCGUCCGUCCCGCAUUGCCGUUGCGCACGCCGUCUUCCUCGCAUCCGUUCUUCGGUGUGCUGCACCUGUACCUCUCGCCGUUCAACUUCUCCGGGUGCGCCGCCGUAGGCGCAAACAUGGAUGAAGCAGCUAUGCAGCACGCGGACAGCGUGCAGCAGAUGUUCGCCUCGCUCGCGGCGAUGAUGCGCGAGCAACAACAGUUCAUGGCGCAGACAGCGGAGCUGCAGCGCCAGAUGGCGGCGACACUGCAACAGCAACAGCAGCAGCAGUCUGCCUCGCAGCAGCAGCAGUAA